GUGACGGCACAGGCUGCUGUCAGAUCGAACCCACGUGUCUGUGUCAGGACCAUGAAGAAGACAUGUCACUUGGAUUUGUUGCUUAUGGUUGGCAGUUUACUUUCACAGGCUUUCACGAUCUCCAGAAGAUUCACAGUGCAGAACUGGAGGUUCUAGAGAAAGACGAUGACUCCUCCUGCAGGAGUGCAGGCGCUGCUCUGCCAGUUUGGGACAGGUCACGACGUGUGGAAUGUGUCCGAGUUGCCCCUGCACUGGACCCCUAAGGAGAUCAGCUGUGACAGCGGCUUGGGGUGCCAGGACACCUUGGUGCUCAUUGAGAGCGGACCCCAAGUGAGCAUGGUGCUCUCCAAGGGCUGCACCGAGGCCAAGGACCAGGAGCCCCGCAUCACUGAGCACCGGAUGGGCCCCGGCCUCUCCAUGUUCUCGUACACCUAUGUGUGCCGCCACGAGGACUUCUGCAACAACCUAGUCACCACUGCCCCGCUUUGGACCCCGCAGCCCCCAGCAGAGCCAGGAUCCUUGAGGUGCCCAGUCUGCUUGUCUAUGGAAGGCUGUCCGGAGGGGACAACAGAAGAGAUGUGCCCCAAGGGGACCACGCACUGUUAUAAUGGCCUCCUCAGGCUCAAGGGAGGAGGCAUCUUCUCCAAUCUGAGAGUCCAGGGAUGCAUGCCUCAGCCAGAUUGCAACUUGCUCAAUGGGACACAGGAAAUUGGGCCCGUGCGCAUGACUGAGAACUGCAAUACGAAAGAUUUUCUGACCUGUCAUCGGGGGAACUCUUUGCAGAAGCAGGAAAACUUGACUCAAGUACCCAUUGGAUGGACCAUGUCUAAUACUGUGAUAUGCGAGGCGGGCCAGGUGUGUCAGGAGACGCUGCUGCUCAUAGAUGUAGGACUCACAUCGACCCUGGUGUGGAGCAAAGGCUGCAGCGCUGUUGGGGCUCAAAAUUCCCAGAAGACCUCCAUCCACUCAGCCCCUCCUGGGGUGCUCGUGGCCUCCUAUGCCCACUUCUGCUCCUCAGACCUGUGCAAUGGUGCCAGCAGCAGCAGCGUCCUGCUGAACUCCCUCCCUCCUCAAGGUGCCCCUGAGCCAGGAGACCAGCAGUGUCUUACCUGUGUGCAGCCCUUUGGAACCUGCUCAAGUGACUCCCCAGUAAAGACCUGCCCCAGGGGCACCACUCAUUGUUAUGACGGGUACAUUAGUCUCUCAGGAGGUGGGGUAACCACCACAAUGGGCAUUCAGGGCUGUGUGGCCCAACCUUCCAGCUCCUUGUUGAAACUGAAACACACCAGACAAAUCGGGAUCUUCUCUGUGCGUGAGAGAGGUGGGGCUGGGAGCCUGGAGUCUCUCACUUGGGGGGUAGGGCUGGCACUGGCCCUGGCGCUGUGGUGGGGGGCUCUUUGCCCUUCCUGCUAACUCCAUUUCCCCCACGAUUCUUCACCCCUGCUGACCACCACACUCAACCGUCCCUCUGACCUCGUAACCUAAUGGCCUUGGACACCAAAUUCUUUUCCCAUCCUGUCCAUGAAUUAUCUUCCCCACACACAAUCAUUCAUGUCUACUCACCUAAUGGCGACACUGGGGAGAGCCUGGAGCAGCUGGACUUGCCCUAUGGGAGAGGGGACGUUGGAGGAGUGGCUGCAUGUAUCUGAAUAAUAAAGACCUUGUCCUUUCUCCAGUGCUGAAGUUUCUCCAUGUGAGGGGACAGCAGGACACUCAGGGAUCUAGUGUAGGGGAGGAGAGGAACGUAAUGAAAAAAUGAUCAUCCAAAGCCUGCCCUUUAUUGGUCUGGUUCACGUCUCCAAACCAGCUUGGAUGGUAGCAGAGACUUCAGGGUGCUCCACCCAAAAGUAUUGGGGCAUCACCAUUACCUGGAGGGGAAGAUGCACUGAGACGUAUGAGGCUUCCAGCCUAGCAGCCAGGGUCCUCGCACAAACAGGUGGCUCGUCCCACCUGAGCAACUGCAGGAGAGGUUAGUAUAGUCGUCCAUUGCUUAAUGACAGGGAUAUGUCUUGAGAAAUGUGUCGUUAGGUGAUUUUAUCGCCAUAGGAACAUUGUAGAGAGCGCUUACAAAAACCCAGAUGGUACAGCCCAACACACACCCAGGAUGGGUGGUAGAGUUGACUGCCCCUCAGGUACAAGCCUGCAGUGCAUGUUAUGGUGUGAAUACUGCAGGCAAUUGUAACACCACGACAAGUAUUUGUGUAUCUAUACACAUCUAAACGUAGAAAAGGGACAGCAUAAAUACAAUAUUGUCAUCUCAGGAGA